CUUUCAUCAUCGACGUCUGCAUCAACACCGGACACAAGACGUUACCAUGCUCAUCGCAAACCUCUUUUCACAUAUCGACGAUCACCUAGAUGGAUGGGCAAUGUUGCCUGAAGCCGAUAUCGGUAGACGUCACUUGGCGUUGUUUGUGGACGCUCUACGGAUACGCGAAGAUGGGACUUAAAAAUUACCAGUGAAAUACCCACCGCCCGUCAGACGCCGACUUGCCAGAUGGUAACAAUACUGUAUUCGCCCUAACGAUGAAUCGACAUGUAAGCUCAAUUAGUAUGGGGCUUGAACAGACGUAUCCCACCUCCACAAUGGUGCAGGAUGGUAGCACAGGGACUUGUACCUGUCUUGCGAUGUUUCCACGGCAGAUUUUUUCCUGUGGUCAGGAUCCGAGGACGCACAGCAUCAAUUCAAUCGGGGUGCUGAAGGUCAUAGAAUCAAAUACGAAUACUCGAAAGAAUACUUCCUGGAAUUCUCGCUUUUGACGACCCAAGACAAUACUAGCAUGGUCUGAUCAAGUUUACUUUGUUCUUGGAGUGUCUGAGGCUAUGAAACAACAUGUCGUUCCUCCGCAAGUCAUUUCGCUAUACUCAAUUACUCGUCUCGGCCGAACCGAGCAGGCUUGAUAUUCUAUUUCUGGCUAUAGGCACCCUCUCGGCCAUUGCUUCUGGCGUUCCUUUCCCGCUGAUUGGUAUCAUCUUUGGUCAAUUGAUCGACGACUUCAAUUCAGCCACGUGUGAUGUACAGGAACAGAAUUCUGAUGCUCACGAUUAUCAAGGAAACGUUGACUCCAGGAUCCUGCUCAUAUUGUACCUGGCCAUCGCUCAGUUUGUCUUGAUCUAUACACAUCUAUCAUGCUGGAGUUUGAGCGGCGCACGGCUUGCACAGCGAUUGCGAGAGAGCUACCUGAAAAACCUUCUCCGACAAGAGCCUUCUUUCUUCGACAAUGUCACUCCAGGCGAGGUUGCGUCUCGCCUCAAUGGGGACAUUCAAACCAUUCGAUCAGGAACUUCUGAAAAAGUCGGCAUCUGCAUUUCAAGUGCCUCCUUCUUUGUGACGGCAUAUAUCGUGGCUUUCAUAAAGGACACAAAGCUGGCAGGCAUGUUGGUAUGGCUGCUCCCAGCUUACUUUAUCAUGUCAUUUGUGGGCAGUCACUACAUUGAGAAAUACUCGGAGCUGGUCUCAACCCAUGCUGCUUCUGCAGCCUCCAUCUCGGCCGAAGCACUCUCCAAUGUCGUCGUUGUUCAUGCCUUCGGAGCCAAUUCUCGCCUCGAGAAGAUUUUCGCCCAACACCAAAGGGCCUCGGAACGCGAAGGUGUCAAGAAAGCAUUCGCAACUGGUGUACAGUCGGGUGUCAUGUAUUUCAUUGCGUAUGCCGGGAAUGCUCUCGCCUUCUGGCAAGGCAGCAAGCAAAUCGCGCGCGUUGUUCGUCUCGAUUCUUCCGGCGCGACUGUCGGCAAAGUGUUUACCGUAAUAUUCGUCAUGGUUGAAGCUACACUUAUACUUAGUCAGGUCGCUCCUUUCAUACACAUGUUUAGUGCAGCCUCAGCUUCGUUCCAAACAAUCCGUGCCGACAUGGAACAUCAAUCAACCAUUGAUGCAACUUCAGAGGACGACGGUGAUGCCAUAGGCGACGUUGAAGGUUCUUUCUCUUUGAAACAAGUCUCUUUCGCGUACCCAUCACGACCAGACACGUAUGUACUCAAAGAACUGGAUCUCGAAAUUCCCGCAAGGAAGCACACAGCGAUUAUCGGAAUGUCAGGUAGUGGGAAAUCAACCAUUGCUGGGUUGCUUACUCGACUCUACGAUCCCAGCGGAGGGCUGGUUCUGCUUGACGGGAAAGACCUACGAAGCCUUAAUACGCGACAGUUGAGGGGCCAUAUUGGCUUGGUCCAACAGGAGCCUGCACUAUUCAAUCGCUCAAUCCUGGAAAAUAUUGCUCAUGGGCUGGUCAACUCCCCCCAUGCAGAGCAUGAGAGACUGAAGGAAGUCCUACUAGGGCCUGAACUAUCCAUUCUCGCAGAGUGCAUUCGGAACGGCGAAGAUAUGCUCGUUGCAGCCGAGAAGCAAGGUCCUCUUGUCACGGAAGUUGCUCGACUCGUCCAACACGCCGCCACUUUAGCCGAUGCUACCAACUUCAUUACUUCGCUCAAAGACAACUUUGGAACAAUGGUGGGCUCAGGUGGUCGGCUGGUGAGUGGAGGUCAAAAGCAACGCCUUGCUCUUGCACGGGCCCUGGUCAAGAACCCAGAGAUCAUUAUUCUCGACGAGGCAACGUCUGCUCUGGACUCGGCAAGUGAACAGCGGAUUCAAUCUGCAGUAUCGAGAGUGGCUGCGGGGAGGACAAUGGUCACGGUUGCACAUCGUUUGGCAACAGUCCGUUACGCCCACAAGAUCAUUGUCCUGAAAGAAGGUAAGAUCUUGGAGGAGGGAGAUCAUGCUACAUUGAUUGCCAAAGGAGGUGCAUAUGCCAGCCUGGUUCAAAUGCAAAGCGUCAAAACAACAUCCACUGAAGAGGACGAGUUACUGCAGGACCUCCGUAGUCGAUCAAGUACUGCAAGUGAUAGCAUCGAAGAGAAACGACCAGACCAUACGACUCAGCAAGAGGUGAAGUUUGCAGAUCCCCAACAAGACGAGUCCGGAGACGCCGAGGACGAAGAACUCCCCCCAUCAGCGAGGUCACUGGCAUCGGUGAUGGGCGGUCUCUCGCAUCUCGUGCGACCAUACGUCCUUGUCAUUCUGAUUGCACUAUUGGCAUCAAGCAUUGUCGGUGGCUCAUUCUCUGCGGAAGCAGUCAUCUUUGGAAACACUGUCGGGAGACUCAACCCUUGCAAGACUGAAUCGAGUAUUCGAUCUGCAGGCAACUUCUUUGGUCUGAUGUUCUUCGUACUUGCAAUAAUCGAGUUCUUCGCAAACAUGAUCAGCUGGACAGCGUUCGGCUGGCUGUCGGAGAAAUUGCUCUACAUCGUUCGAGUUUUGUCCUUCCGCUCGCUCUUUGAACAGAGCCUUCAAUGGCAUCAAUCCGACGAGCGAACCCCUGCUAAACUACUGUUGUACAUCACCAGAGACGGCAGCGCUCUGGCCGGACUGAGUGGAUCAGUUCUGGGCACGAUAUUCUCGAUCUCGGUCAACUUGGUGGUUGCUAUUGUCUUAACGCAUAUCAUCGCCUGGAAGAUAGCGCUGGUAUGUCUGUCUCUGGUACCUCUUCUCCUCGGCGCCGGCUUGAUGGAACUCAGGGUCCUGGGACAAUUCGAGGAGAAACAUGAGACCGCUUUCGCAAAAUCAGUUGACAUCAGCGUGGAGGCAAUCACGGCCAUCAAAACCGUUGCAGCACUCGGCCUUGAGAAGGAGACUCUGGUGACAUACCGCCGCUCGCUCAAAGGUCCACGGAAGGAGACAACGAGAGUGAGUCUCUACGCCAGUCUGUGGCUAGCUCUCAUGUACUUCCUGGGCAACAUGGUGAACGCCUUGGCCUACUGGUGGGGAUCGAAACAGAUUAUAUCUGGAGCCUACACGCAGACUCAGUUCUUGAUCGUGGUUUUCUCGCUCUUGGUGAGUGCCAUGCUUUGGAGUCAAAUGUUUGCCCUGGCUCCAGAGCUGUCCAAUGCCCGCGCUGCUGUAGCCAGAAUCUUGGAUCUCAUCGACCUAGGCUCGACAAAAGAUCUCAAAGGCUCAGACAUCAACAAAACUUUACCAGAACCAUCCGAGAAGGAUAUUGAGGCUUUCGGGGAAGGAAAGGUCUCACUGAGCUCUUCCAACGUGGGUGGCUCGAGUGUAGCUUUCCAUGAUGUCACGUUCUCAUACCCAGCUCGACCCGAUAUGAAAGUCCUACGAGGCUUGAACUUGAGCAUCCAACGUGGUAAAUUUUGUGCAUUAGUUGGGCCAAGUGGAGCUGGCAAAUCGACAAUCAUUGCGCUCUUGGAGGGCAUGUUCAGACCUCAAUCCGGAUCGAUCCUGAUUGACGGGAGUGAUAUCACAAAACACAAAGAAAUCUCAUUCCGAGACGAGAUAUCUCUAGUUCCGCAAGACAGCGUCCUCUUCGAAGGCACGGUCGCCUUCAACGUCGGACUCGGUGCCCGGCCUCACGAAGAAGCCUCGCGAGCUGAUAUUGAAGAAGCAUGCAGGCUCGCUAACAUUCAUGACACCAUCAUCGGCUUACCACAAGGAUACGGCACUCUUUGUGGGCCAAACGGAAGCCAGCUAUCCGGAGGACAGAGACAACGACUCUCGAUCGCCCGUGCUUUGGUCCGCAAACCUCGACUUCUUAUCCUUGACGAGUCGACCAGUGCAUUGGACGCAGAGUCGGAAACUUUGCUACAGGAAGGUCUUGCCAAAGCUGCUCGAGGGAUCACUGUCAUUGCCAUCGCUCACCGUCUGCACACGAUCAAGCAAGCGGAUAUCAUAUUUUUGAUCGAAGAAGGUAAAUGCAUAGACUACGGAUCACAUGGGGAAUUAUUCCAGAGGUCUGAGAGCUACAGGAGCAAUGUGCUACACCAGACUCUGGGAGAUGUGGAACAAGUAGCAUAGAAGCAUGAGAGUUACGUCGAGAC